AUGGAGGCGUACACGGGACAGCCGGCCAUGGGCAACUCGGCAGCGGUGACGGCUGGAGGGGGCACGACGACGCCCGAGUCUGAGAAGCACAUUCAUCCCGCGGGCGGCUACGACAGCAACAACAGCAGCGACGUGUACCGCGAGAAGAAGACGCCUCCGCUCACGCCGCCGGCCGCAGACGCGAGCGUGGACCACGCGGCGGGCGAAAACAUCUUCAGCGAGGGCGGCAAAAACUACCGGACGGUCGGGCGGUGGAACACGGCGCUCAUCCUCAUCACGAACCAGAUCGGGCUGGGGAUCCUGGCGCUGCCGAGUGUGGUGCAGACGCUGGGGAUCGUGCCGGCGGUGAUCGCCAUCGUGGGCAUCGGGCUGCUGUCGACCUACACGGCGUACGAGCUGCUGCAGUUCUACCGGCGGCACCCGCACGUGGUCAACGCGGUCGACAUGGCGCGCAUAGUGGGCGGGCGACCGCUCGAGGUGGUCAUGGGCGUCAGCCUCGUGACCAAGAUGGGCCUGACGUGCGCGUCGACCAUCGUCACCAUCAGCGUCGCGCUCAACACGCUCUCCAGCCACGGCGUCUGCACGGCCGGCUUCAUCGGCAUCGCGGCCCUCGGCUGCUGGCUGCUGUGCCUGCCGCGCACCUUCAAGUUCAUCGCGCACAUCGGCAUCCCCUCGACCAUCUCCAUCGUCGCGGCCGUGCUCAUCGUCAUCGUCAGCCUGGGCGUCGGGAACCCGCAGGCCGCGCCGUCGGGCUGGUCCAGGGAGAGGGCGCUGAUCAAGGUGGUGGGCAACCCGGACUUCCGCGAGGGCGUGGCCGCCUGCCUCAACGUCUGCUACGCCUACGCCGGCAACAUCGCCUUCGUGAGCAACAUGGCCGAGAUGCGCAACCCGAGCCGCGACUUCGUCCCCGCCCUCGUCGCGCUGCAGGCCGUCGCCAUCCCGCUGUACCUGAUCGCCGGCGUGGCCAUCUACUGCCUGGCGGGGGAGUACACCACCAGCCCGUCGCUGGGGUCGGCGCCGCGCGUGGCGGCAAAGGUGGCCUACGGCAUCGCGCUGCCCUGCGUGCUGGCCACCGGCGCCGUCUUUGGCCACACCGCCAUCAAGUACAUCUACGUCGUGGCCAUGAAGCGGAUGGGCGCCACGGCCGAGCUGACGGCCCGGACCGCCCGGAGCUGGGCCGUGUGGGUCGCCUGCGCCACCCUGUUCUGGCUGCUGGCCUUUGUCGUCGCCAACGCCAUCCCCAUCUUCAGCUCCAUCCUGGCCAUCUCGUCCGCCACCUUCAUCGCCUGGUUCACCUUUGGCAUCUCGGCCGUCUUUUGGUUCCACAUGAACUGGCACGAGGGCACGCUGUUCAGCGGCUGGCGCAAGAUCUGCCUGUUCGUCGUCAACGUCCUCAUCAUCGUGCUCUCGCUGUUCAUGAACUCGGCCGGCCUGUGGUCCGCCGCCACGGGGCUGCAGCAGGUGUUUGAGAACGCCGAGAACGAGAUCAAGGGGCCCUUUACCUGUGCCAGCAACGCCAUCUUUUAG